AUGGACGCCUUACCUCCAAAUUGGACGAAGUAUACGACCGACGAUGGGAAAGAUUACUACCACAAUGCGGUACAGCAUAUUUUUUAUUUCACCCUUUUUGCCUCUAUUCUUAGUACGUAAGCUGCAAAUGCGAAUGCGUACAGAUGUUGAUGUAGUAGCGCAGUUACCUUCCGGUCACAAUUCCAGAGCACUCGCGGUCUUCAAAGUUUGUCCCCCCACUGAUGAUAAGGUCACCAACACGACGCAAUGGGAGCGGCCAGCGAUGCCUACCCGUGCAGCCGACGCGGUUUACAAUCCGUCUCUUGACGAACUAGACCUCGGAUCCACGAGCGCGAAAAAUACCUCUGCAACAGUUGGUGCAGGUUUGAGCUUCGACGAGAAACUAUCACUCGGAAGUACCGCGAUGACCAAUCUGGACGGCACGACGUCAAAUGACAUGGCACCAUUGCGAGUAUUCCCAUAUCAGGAUGCAUUUUGUUAAUCUUAAUGCUAUUUUCCGUGGUGAUUCUAAGAUGCUAUUGCUACAGUAUGCCUGGUGACCGUCACGGUCACGGUCACUUUUGUCGUCCUAGCAAGCCAAGGAGUGAACAACCAACCCUUCAGGACGGCAGCGGCAAGACCGGUUCCUCGUCAAGCAGUACGGGCGGCGGGCUCUUCGGCACGCUUCUACCAAAUCUGUUCUGCUUCGACAUCACCUACCUCCAAACCCACUUCGACGUGAGCAGCGAGGACGUCACCAGGCGAAUAAAAGCUGCCCUGAUCCCCCAGAAGGAGGCGACGCCGGAAAGCGUCAUGGACUUCAAAACCAAACCAGACUUCUGGGGACCCUUUUGGAUCUGCACAACGGCGGUAUGGGGUUUAGUACUGGCUUGCUUUUGAUACUAGCUGCGUCACUCUAUCCAUUUCUUUGACACGCUGAUUCGCAUCAUAGUACUCGACAGCCGAGCGAAGCUCUGACAGAACACGGCUUUGGCCUCUCCAACCGCAAGCGCCUGAAUGUCACCCAAGAACAUAAUCAGGUCGUCUUUCUGGCAGCGACAGGGAAUUUUGCGCAGUCCUUCUGGAGCGAGCACGAUGUGGACACCGAUUGGGAGUUGGUCUCCCUCUCCGCCUGCAUGCUCUACGGCGCUCUGGUCGGGGUCCCGCUGCUGACGCAGAUAUUGCUGUACUUCGCCGGCGAGGGCGUGGAAGUGAACCUGCGGCAGCUGAUUUGCGUGUAAGAUGAAUGCUUAGAUUUUUGCAAUAGAUCAUUCUUGACUCGUGCUGUUCAUUUCGCUGUUGCAGCGCCAGUGGGAUGUGCAUGCCUGGGCCCCAGGACCACCCGUUACGCAUUCAACCAUGUGACUAGCGUGUUUACACGACUUCAAUCAUAAUGUCACAUUCAGGUAUGGGUACAGUUUCAUCAGCCUCCUUCCCGCGUCCGUCCUAAUGGUUCUCCUGCCGUCAAGCUUCCUGCAGUGGGUAAUAGCCCUGGUUGGCUGCGGUCUCUCCUGCGUAUUCAUCCGUAACCACCUAUGGAACGACAUUGCUGUGGACACGCCGAAAAUACGGUAUGGCCUGAUCGCCUUACUCUUCGGCGCGCACGGCCUGAUUUACUUCAUCUACAGAACGCACUUUUUCUCAUCGCAUCUCGUUUCGUAAUGGAACUGAGUUGCAAAGAAUGAACAAGCAGCACGAGAUGCCUGUCAGAAACUACGACUAUCCAAGGAGCGUCAGUAUGCGAGCACGUCAUUGCAAGAAGAAAAUCAAAAUUAAAAUAAUGAUGACGGCUUGCAUAAUAAUUAUGAUAGGC